AUGGAUUCUGAGGAUAUGCCCCGGUCAAUUAGUCUGGUUGAAUGUUGCAACUGUGGGUGUAGCUGUUCGACAAUGAAUGGGUCAUUUUCUGGUACAUGUCUCCGGUCUGUGAAACGGAAGUUCAAUGAACUUAAAGAAGAGAACCAGUUCACAGUCCCAGGUCUCAUUUUACCACAAAAUGCUCGUGUGGAAAUAGGAAAUGAGUGUAUGGCAUUGCGUGAAACUGUCAGCAGCCAACAGCAGACCAUUCAGGAGCUCAUAGAUGAGUUGGAGGAGGAGAGGGAUGCGGCCUCCUCAGCUGCCAAUGAGGCCAUGUCAAUGAUUCUGAGGUUGCAGAGGGAGAAGGCAGAGAUUCAGAUGGAGGCUAAGCAGUUUAAGAGGUUUGUAGAGGAGAAAAUGGCACAUGAUCAGCAGGAAAUGUUGGCGUUGGAGGAUUUGUUGUAUAAGAGGGAGCAAUCCAUUCUAUCGCUCAGAUGUGAGGUGCAGGCCUAUAAGCAUAGGAUAAUGAGUUAUGACCCGACUGAGGCUGAGGCUGAUGGAGAGAACAGUAUGAUCCGGUACAAUAGUAUAACAGAGAACCUUGAUGGGCAAUUUGAAUUGCCCCAUUAUGAGCUUUACCCUCCUUUGAAGUGCAAUUUUAGUGAGUCCCAGGCUUAUCCUGAUGGUGAUGAUGAAGCUGCUGAUGUCGAUAAAUAUGCAUUUGGGGAAACACCUAGUUCUAAGGUUCAUUUGAAGGAUUUUGAAUACCGAAUCAACCAAUUAGAAAAAAGUCCUAGGAACAUUCAUCCUAAAGCAGAACUUGGUGGUGUUAAAAAUAUGCUUGAAAAGGUGAUAGUUGGUCAGUCCCCAAGGCAGCCUAGGCAUUCUAGAAAGUUCUCAGAUGAUAGUUCAAAUUCCUUAUUUGCAGAAUCUCCAAAAUUUGGUGGAAGUUUUAAGAAUGGAUUUCCGCAGAUGGAGAAUUCUACUUUGAGUAAGGUGGAUAAUUCAUCAGAAGUUGGAGAUGACACAAGCGACAGAGUUUAUACAAUUGAUUCUGUUCACCAGGAGGCUCAUGGUCUGAAGGAGCCCAAGGCUUCUGUAGGAAUGGGGGAUGACUAUAUGACAACUACUACUCCAAGGGAGUCACUGAUUUAUUCAGAUGUUAAAGAUCCAGAGAUCCAGAAGCUGUAUGCUAGGCUUCAGGCUCUUGAAGCCGAUAGAGAAUCAAUGAGACAGGCAAUCGUUUCUAUUGGGACUGAUAAAGCACAAUUUGUGUUGUUGAAGGAGAUAGCUCAGAACUUGUGUAAAGAAAUGACACCGGAGAGAAGGAUGCCUCUGAAGAAGCCAUCAGUAGUUGGAAGUUUUUCCUUUAUGGCAAUAUUCAAGUGGAUCAUAACCUUGGUUUUCUGGAGAAGAAAAGCACGCAGAUGCAGAUACAUGUUCGGGUUAUCGAGCAGCAACAACGCAGGCUUGUUAAUGCUCUUAGACAGGGGACCUCGUGUGGGGCAGUGGAAAUGUCUUUCAAGUACACAAGUAUAA